UACGGAUAUUCCCAAGUAAAGGAAUUAUAUUUAGCAAACAACCAACUUUCACAUUUGACCAUUGAUCAACUUCCGGAAAAUCUGACAUAUUUAGAUAUCCGAAAUAAUAGUCUACAAACCAUUGAUAAAAGUGUUCUCGAAUUUCUUGCUAAUCGAUCCAGAAUUAUACAAAUUUUAUUAUCGGGCAAUCCAUGGAUCUGUCAUUGUAAAAACCAACAUUUAAUAAUAUUCGUGCAAGACCCUGCGAAUAAAAUCGUGGAUAGAAAAAACAUACUUUGUGGAGAUGUCAAGAUGGGGCGAAUGACAAAUAUUUCUAUGUCAUCAAUUUGUUAUUCCUUAAAUGACAGCUUGAACAUGAUAAUAAUCGGAGUAUCAUUUGGAAUUAUUAUUGUAAUAUGCACAUAUUUAUAUUACAAGGAUUUAAUUCUAAUGUGGUUAUAUGAACGGAAUCUUUGUGUAAGCUGCAUAGCCCAAGCCGAACCCGAUAAUGAUCUAAAAUACGACGCCUUUCUCGCAUUUUCCCACCAAGAUUUGGGAUUUGUAGAGGAAUAUGUGGAGAAGCUAGAGAGAGGACCCUCUCAAUAUCAAUUAUACUUUUAUCAUCGCGACUGGUUGAUAGGCGAGUGCAUUCCCGAUUGCAUAUUGAGGUCAAUCGAAGACUCCAAACGAAUAAUAAUCUUGUUAACGGAGAAUUUUAUUAAGUCUUCAUGGGGUCGAUUUGAGUUUCGCUCUGCCAUUCAAGCCACAUCGACUAAUAAAUACAAACGACUUAUUGUUAUAGUGUACCCUGGAAUUGAUAUUAAUGAUCUGGAUAUUGAGUUAAGGAACUACAUGAAAUUCAACACGUAUCUGACGAGAGAUGAUCCACAAUUCUGGAGAAAGCUAAUGUUCGGGAUGCCUCAUAAGGAAGAGACAGUUGAUACGUGUGAAGAAAGCAGUUUAUAAAACAAAAAAAAAAUUUAAUUUCGCUAAGAUUCCCAAUAUAUAUAUUUCGUAUGCAUAUAAUUUUCUAGUUUAAAUAAGAAAAUAUUAAUGUUUUCCAAUCCAAAUAGAUUUAUCUAGCCAGUUAAAAUGCAUAAAUAAAAUAAUGUAAACUUUUAUCAUACACACAUCAUAUAAAAUAAUUAU